AUGGCGUCAAUUAACUUCAAUGGAACAAACCAUGGCCUCCAGAUUGGAAACAACUACGGGACUGCAGAAUUCCAUCAGUCAAGCACCACUGAAGAUAUCGAUCGGCUCUGUCUCCGACAUCUAAGCUGCCCUGAUUCAUUAGUCGUCAAGAAUCGGCUGAAAGAGACCAAGGACAAGUUACUCCGUCAAUCAUUUGAAUGGAUUCUUCGAGACCCGCAGUACCGCCGUUGGAAAAAUGGAUCAGAUGUCUGUCUGCUUUGGAUCAAGGGCGGUGCUGGGAAAGGGAAGACCAUGUUGUCGAUCGGUCUUAUUGAAGAGCUUUCCCGGGUACGACAUGAAUCAGCUACGGUGACUUAUUUUUUCUGCCAAAAUGCGGACAACGAGCUCAACACCCUUGAAUCAAUCAUCAAGGGCUUGAUGUUUAAGUUGAUGAGCCAGGAAAUCGAGCUUAAAGAAUCUCUGCGACGUCGUUGGGACUCCAAGAACGACAGUUUCAACGAGGACGUUACGUCAUGGCGAACUCUAUGGAACAUCCUGCUCGAGAUGUUGGACCGAUGCAACGCCCCGAAGGUAUAUGUUAUUGUGGAUGCUCUUGAUGAGUGCCAAGGGAGCGGCAUGGCCGACUUCUUGAAGCUUAUUGUCCGUAAUGGACUGGACCACCCCGCAAAAAUCAAAUGGCUGUUAACUAGUCGACCAUUGGAAGCCGCAGAGCGAGUAUUGUUGGCUGCGCAUGACCAGAUUCAAGUCAGUCUGGAGCUUAACUCGAGAUAUGUCUCCCAAGCGGUAAGGGCCUACAUCUCUUAUAAAGUGGAUGAGCUUAGUGUUCGUGGCAAAUAUGGAGAGACACUGAGGAGAGAAAUGAAGGCUGAGCUUACUGCAAAGGCUGAGGGUACCUUUCUGUGGGUGAGCCUGGACGACCCUUCAACAUUGGCGCUUGUGCAGGAUGCUACAAGGUUUUUGUUGCGACACUACCACACUAUUACUCAUUGGCCAUUACAAAUCUACAGCUCUGCUAUUACAUUCAGCCCUGAAUCAAGCGUCGUGAAGAGGGAAAACUUGGAAAGAAUUCCAGUAUAUCUAAGAAAGGCUCCUCUCAUGGAGGACAAUUGGUCGUCUGUAAUACAAACACUUGCAGGCCAUUCAGAGGGGGUCCAUACUGUGGCCUUUUCACCCGACGGCAAGCAGAUCGCAUCCGGCUCUGAUGAUAACACUAUCAAGAUUUGGGAUACCGCCACAGGUGGCCUUCAGAAGACACUAGAAGGACACUCAAAGUUGGUCACUACUGUGGCCUUUUCACUCGACGGCAAGCAGAUCGUAUCCGGCUCUGAUGACAACACUAUCAAGCUUUGGGUUACUACCACAGGUGAACUUCAGAAGACACUAGAGGGCCACUUAGAUGAGGUCCGAACUGUGGCCUUUUCACUCGAUGGCAAGCAGAUCAUGUCUGGAUCCGAUGACAACACUAUCCGGCUUUGGGAUUCUACCACGGGUGCCCUUCAGAAGACACUAGAGGGCCACACGGACGGGGUCGCUGCUGUGAUCUUUUCACCCAACGGCAAGCAGAUCGUAUCGGGCUCCCUUGACGGCACCGUCAAUCUUUGGGAUAGAGCCACGGGUGACCUCCAGAAGAAACUAAAAAUCCACGGGGUCACUACUGUGGCCGUUUCACCCGAUGGCAAGCAGAUCGCAUCCGGCUCUGAUGACAACACCAUCAAGCUCUGGGAUACCACCACAGGUGACCUUCAGAAGACACUAGAAGGCCACUUGGACUGGAUCUGGACUGUGGCAUUUUCACCCGAUGGCAAGCAGAUCGCGUCCGGCUGCGAUGACAACACUAUCAGGCUCUGGGAUACCACCACAGGUGACCAACAGAAGACACUAGAUGGCCACUCGGGCCCGGUCUAUACUGUAGCCUUUUCACCCAACGGCAAGCAGAUUUUGUCAGGCUCCCUUGACGAGACAAUCAAGCUUUGGGAUGCCACCGCGGAUAGCCCUCAGAAUACACUAGAAGGCCACUCGGACUCGAUCUGGACUGUGGCCUUUUCACCUGACGGUAAACAGAUCGCAUCCGGCUCCUUUGACCACACUACCAAACUCUGGGAUACCACCACUGGGGCCCUUCAGAAGACAUUAGCUGGCCACUUGGGCUGGGUCGCUAGUGUGGCCUUUUCACCCGACGGUAAGCAGAUCGCAUCAGGCUCUAGUGACCACACCGUCAAGCUUUGGCACACUACCACAGGUGGCCUUCUGAAGACACUAGAAGGUCACACGGACGGGGUUGCUACUGUGACCUUUUCACCCAACGGCAAGCAGAUCGCAUCCGGCUCUCUUGACCAUACUAUCAAGCUCUGGGAUACCACCACUGGGAGCCUUCAGAAGACACUAGCUGGCCACUUGGGCUGGGUCGCUAGUGUGGCCUUUUCACCCGACGGCAAGCAGAUCGCAUCAGGCUCAAAAGACCAUACUGUUAAACUUUGGGAUACCACCACGGGUGGCCUUCAGAAAACACUAGCAGGGCACUCAAAAAGGGUCACUACUGUGGCCUUUUCACCCGACGGCAAGCAGAUCGCAUCAGGCUCCCGUGACAACACUAUCAAAUUUGUUAAUCCUGACCGCAAACCUAUAUCACGUGAAGAGCGUGUCGAGGGUCAGAAUACUCUUGUCAACUAUGUUCGCAGUGGGCAGUGGAGUCAGGAUGUUUUCAUGAACGAACCAGGCCGCGGCCCAGCGGCCGGCCCGAUUGGCCACUACGCUGAUAACCUGACUAAUAUUGCCCGACAUGACCGCUACUGGCGCCAGGGAUACGGUUCUAAUUACAAUCGCGAGCAGCAACCCGUCACACCUACUAGUGGCGGACGUAGCAGACGCCGCGGACAAAACCCUCCUCCGAACCCCGUUCCAUUUAUGACCCCCACUCAGCUGCAUGUGGCCGACGGCAUGAGUACUACCCCUGACGACUCUAGCGAGGAGGAGUAUAUCUCCGAUGAUAACGGUAAUGAAGAUGGAAAUAGAGAUGGCGACGGUAAUGGAGAUAGUGAUAGCGACAGAGAAGGUACCGGAGGUGGUGAUAGUGCUGAUGAUAGUGCUUUUGCACCUGCUUCUCCUUAG